CAGGGUGGCCAGCAGGGCCGUGGGGAGGCCCGGCUCUUCUUCCCCACCUUGCUGGGGAGCUGGGGCACAGGCAGAGCCAGCCCCUGGCUGGUACCCAGCCAUCUGAGCCACCACCAGCCGCCCAGGCAGGGCCCCCAGGCUGGGGACAGCGGGAGACAGAGCAUUCUGUGUCUGGAAUGUCCCAGAGUGGUGGCUGCAGUGGUGGUUGGUGGACUGUCUGCUUAGCAAGCUGCUCCUGGUUCCUCGGCUCAGCCUGCCAGGGAUGGACCCCUUCGCUGACACACUACAGCGGCUGCGGGAGACCUUCAGCUCGGGGCGCACGCGGCCGGCUGAGUUCCGGGCCACCCAGUUGAAGGGCCUGGGCCGCUUCCUGCAAGAGAACAAGCAGCUUCUGCAGGAGGCGCUGGCACAGGACUUGCACAAGUCCACCUUCGAGUCACAGGUGUCUGAGAUCAGCAUCAGCCAGAGCGAGAUAAACUUGGCCCUUAGGAACCUGCGGGCCUGGAUGAAGGAUGAGAAAGUGUCCAAGAACCUGGCCACACAGCUGGACUCGGCCUUCAUCCGGAAGGAGCCCUUCGGCCUGGUGCUCAUCAUCGCCCCGUGGAACUACCCUGUGAACCUGACUCUGAUGCCCCUGGUGGGCGCCCUCGCCGCAGGGAACUGCGUGGUGCUGAAGCCCUCGGAGAUCAGCAAGAGCACUGAGAAGGUCCUGGCCGAGGUGCUGCCCCGAUACCUGGACCAGAGCUGCUUUGCCGUGGUGCUGGGUGGCCCCGAGGAGACGGGGCAGCUGCUGGAGCACAAGUUUGACCACAUCUUCUUCACGGGGAGCCCUCGAGUCGGCAAGAUUGUCAUGACUGCUGCCGCCAAGCACCUGACGCCCGUCACGCUGGAGCUGGGGGGCAAGAACCCCUGUUACGUGGACGACAACUGUGACCCCCAGACCGUGGCCAACCGCGUGGCCUGGUUCCGCUAUUUCAACACCGGCCAGACCUGCGUGGCCCCCGACUACAUCCUGUGCAGCCCAGAAACGCAGGCGCGGCUGCUGCCCGCCCUGCAAAGCGCCAUCACCCGUUUCUAUGGCGACGACCCCCGGGCCUCCCCCGACCUGGGCCGCAUCAUCAACCACAAACAUUUCCAGCGGCUGCGGGGCCUGCUGAGCUGCGGCCGCGUGGCCAUCGGCGGCCAGAGUGACGACAGCGAUCGCUACAUCGCCCCCACGGUGCUGGUGGACGUGCAGGAGACGGAGCCGGUGAUGCAGGAGGAGAUCUUCGGGCCCAUCCUGCCCAUUCUGAACGUGAGGGGCCUGGACGAGGCCAUCGACUUCAUCAACCGGCGGGAGAAGCCCCUGGCGCUGUACGCCUUCUCCAACAACAGCCAGGUGGUCAAGCGGGUACUGGCCCAGACCAGCAGCGGGGGCUUCUGCGGGAAUGACGGCUUCAUGCACAUGACUCUCAGCAGCCUGCCUUUCGGAGGAGUGGGCGCCAGUGGGAUGGGCAACUACCAUGGCAAGUUCUCCUUCGACACUUUUUCCCACCACCGCACCUGCCUGUUGCGCAGUCCUGGGCUGGAGAAGAUCUACGCCAUCCGGUACCCACCCCAUUCUCCACGCAACCUGAGGGUGCUGCUGACGGCCAUGGAGACCCGCAGCUGCAGCUGCACCCUGCUGUGAGCCGGCUUCAGGCACCGGAGGAUCCAGCACCCCUUCCAGCUCACCUGAGUCCUCUGCAGCCACGGCCACCUGGGGCUGGAGGAGAUAUGACUGGGGUCCUCGGCACAGGAGGAAAAGGCCGGGGCCAGUGCUUGCCCUCCUCUCUCCUGGGGUUUCUCUCUUUGAGAAGAUGUCCCCCAGCUAGGAUGGGUCACGGUGCAGGAGUGUGGGAACCAGUGCAGUAACCUGGCUGCCUCCUCCCACCCUGGCCACCUGUGUCCCCGGAGAGGAGGGUAGAUGUGGGCACCUCUUGGCCACCACCCUUUCUGUGGCGGGUGCAAAACGGGCCCUGGCAUCUGGCCCAUGUCACGCUGUGGACGGGCUGUGACCGGGGUCAUCCCUGCCCUCUCUGAGCCUGUCUCCCUGUCUGUGUACAGAGGAGGUAGCGAACAGCACCUCCAGACAGCACUGUGAGGAUUAAAUCUCGGAGCUGAAUCGCUGACUCCAA